AUGGCACGGCCUCCCGGGCUCUGCCUGCUGGCCCUGCUGGGGCUGGGGGCGGGGGUCUCGCCCGCCUGCUGGGACCCCCGGGGGCAGCCCCGCCGCUGCAUGCCCGACUUCGAGAACGCCGCCUUCGGCCGGACCGUCCGGGCCACCAACACGUGCGGGUCGCCCCCGGAGGACUAUUGCCUGCAGAUGGGCACCCGCCACGACAGCGCCCUGUGCCACCGCUGCGAUGCCGCCGACCCCCGGCUCCACCACAACGCCUCCUUCCUCACCGACUUCCACAGCCAGGAGGAGAGCACCUGGUGGCAGAGCCAGUCCAUGGCCUUCGGCAUCCAGCACCCCAACUCCGUCAACAUCACCCUGCACCUCGGCAAAGCCUACGAGAUCACCUACGUGCGGCUCAAGUUUCACACCAGCCGCCCCGAGAGCUUCGCCAUCUACAAGCGCAGCCACGCCGAGGGGCCCUGGGUGCCCUUCCAGUACUACAGCGCAUCCUGCGAGAAGACCUACGGGAAGCGGCCGCGGCAGUACCUGAGGCCGGGGGAGGACGAGCAGGUGGCCUUCUGCACUGAUGAGUUCAGCGACAUCUCCCCGCUGAGCGGGGGCAACGUGGCCUUCUCCACGCUCGAGGGACGGCCCAGCGCCUACAACUUCGACGGGAGCCCCGCGCUGCAGGAGUGGGUGACAGUCACUGACCUGCUUAUCUCCUUGAACCGGCUCAACACGUUUGGGGAUGACAUCUUCAAGGACCCCAAGGUGCUGCAGUCAUACUACUACGCUAUCUCUGACUUCUCCGUCGGUGGCAGGUGCAAAUGCAACGGCCACGCCAGCGAGUGCGCGCUGGACGAGGCCGGGCAGCUGGUCUGUGUGUGCCAGCACCACACGGCCGGCGUGGACUGCGAGCGCUGCCAGCCCUUCCACCAGGACCGGCCCUGGGCGCGCGGCACAGCCGAGGCUGCCAACGAGUGUCUCCCUUGCAACUGCAGCGGCCGCUCCGAGGAGUGUUUCUAUGACCGGGAGCUGUACCGGCGCAGCGGGCACGGCGGGCACUGCCGCAACUGCCGCGACAACACGGAUGGACCCCACUGCGAGCGCUGCCGGCAGAACCACUACCGCUGGGAGCCACAGGCAGCCUGCCAGCCCUGCCACUGCCACCCUGCAGGCUCCCUGCAGCCCCAGUGUGACAACUCGGGGACCUGCCUCUGCAAAGCCAACGUGACGGGCUGGAAGUGUGAGCGCUGCAAGGACGGCUACCACAGCCUCAGUGAAGGUGGCUGCAGACCCUGCAUCUGCGACCCGGCGGGCAGCGUUGGCACCUGCGACCCCAACACAGGGCACUGCACUUGCAAGGAGAGGGUGGAGGGGCACUUGUGCAACAGGUGCCAGCCAGGCUGGUUUAAUCUGCAGCCCCACAACCCCAUUGGUUGCACCAGCUGUUUCUGCUACGGCCACUCCACCGCCUGCACGGCAGCCGAUGGCUACGAGGAGACCCACAUCCGCUCCGACUUCAGCCACGGGCUGGAGGGCUGGGCUGCCACAGCUCCAGGCACCACAGACCUGCCUCUGCGCUGGGAUGGUGGGGAGAUCGUCACGGAGUGGGAUGGAGAGGAGCCGGUGGAUUUUCUCGCACCAGAGAAGUUUCUGCAGAACCAGCGCCUCAGUUAUGGGCAGCUCCUGUCCCUGCUGUUGGGAGUGGAGAACAGGACAGGGACAGAGCCCGGGAUGUCCCUGCUCCAAGUCCAGCUGGUUCUGGAGGGUGAGGGGAUGGAGAUCACCCUGCCCAGCAGCAAGAGCCUGCCCCAGCGUGGAAAGCAAGCUGUCACCUUCAGGCUGCACGAGGCAGAGGAGGGUGCAGAGCCUUUGCUGUCGGCCUUCAGCUUCCAGCGCCUGCUCUCCAACCUGACUGCCCUCAGGCUCCGUGUGAGCCGUGGCCCCGUGCGAGGCAGGCUGUCCCUGAGCGAGGUCCAGCUCACAUCUGCCAGCCCUGGGCUGGGGACACGGGCGGGCUGGGUGGAGGAGUGCACGUGUCCCACGGGCUAUGCCGGCCAGUUCUGCCAGUCCUGCGCGCCCGGAUUCAAGCGGGAGAUCCCCUUUGGCGGCCCCUUCGUCAGCUGCGUGCCCUGCGCCUGCAACCAGCACGGGGACUGUCACCCCCUCACAGGGCACUGCCGGUGCUUGCACAACACAGAGGGUCCCUCCUGCGAGCGCUGCAGCGCCAGGUUCUAUGGCAACCCCUUCGUAGGGCGCUUUGAUGACUGCAAGCCGUGCCCCUGCCCCGGAGGUUCACCCUGCACCGAGGUGCCCAGCAGUGGGGAGGUGGUCUGUACCCACUGCCCCCCAGGGCAGAGAGGGAAACGCUGUGAGCUCUGUGAUGACGGGUUUUUCGGGGACCCCCUGGGGCAGAGGGGCCCUGUGCGUCCCUGUGAACCCUGCCAGUGUCAUGGGAACGUGGAUCUCAAUGCCGUGGGGAACUGUGACCCCCUGUCUGGCCGAUGCCUGCGCUGUGUGUACAACACGAUGGGCGAGCACUGCGAGAGGUGCCGGCCAGGCUUCUACGGGGACGCGCUGGCUCCCAGCCCUGCUGGGAAGUGUGCACCUUGUGACUGCAACCCCAGCGGCUCAGACCCAGGGCUGGAGGGCUGUGAUCCCAUCACGGGCCAGUGCCACUGCCUCCCACACGUAACAGGCAGAGCCUGCGGACACUGCCAGCCUGGCUACUACGGCCUGGAGCCCACCGUGGGGUGCAAGAGCUGUGAGUGCCACCCGACAGGGUCGCGUGACAGGGAGUGCCACGCAGUGACGGGGCAGUGCUCCUGCCAGCCAGGUGUCACGGGGAGGCAAUGUGACCGCUGCCACCACGGCUUCUUCGGCUUCUCUGCCAGGGGCUGCCGAGCCUGCAACUGCUCCCCGCUGGGCUCCGUCACCCCGCAGUGCCACGAGAACAGCACCUGCCUCUGCCGCCCCGGCUUCGUGGGCUACAAGUGCGACCGGUGCCAGGCCAACUUCUUCCUUGACCCUCUGAGCUCCCACUGCCAGCAGUGUCCUGCCUGCUACGGGCUGGUGAAGGACAAGGCUGACCAGCUGAAGGCCAGGCUGCAGGAGAUGGAGGAAUGGCUGCAGAAACCAGGCUGUGCCUGGGCCACCCUGUUGGCACAGGUGGGGCAGCUGGCAGGGGCUCUGAACAACGCACAAGGCCGUCUCACCAAUGCCAGCCAGGCCACCAGCUGCUCUGGCCACGGACCCCCCAAGACCUGCAUCCUGCUGUCGGAGAUCGGGGCCGUGCUGCAGUCGGCACAGCGGGAGAUCCUGAAUGCUGCAGACACCCUGGCUACCACAGAGAUUCCCCAGGAUAUCCCUCAGCAGCCCACAAACUGGAGCCGCUGGGUGCUGGAGGCACGGGCUCUGUCCGAGAGCCACGAGGGCGCUGUUGCAGAGGUGGAAGCGGUGGUCAGGAGAGCGCUGCGUGCCUCCAACGCCAGCUCCGAGCUCCUGCGGAGUCUGCUGGAAGGGAACGCCACGCGGGAUGCGCAGCGUGAGCUGGAGGCUGGGUACGAGGAGAUCCAGCGGGCGCAGGAGGAGCUGGGUGUGGGCAUGGAAGAGGCCAGGAGAGCUUUGUCAGCCGUGCAACAGGCGAAUGCAGACAUGGCCAAGAAAAUUCUGCAGGUGGCUGCUCUGGGGCAGCAGGUACUGCCAGUGCAAGCUGGAGCCCUGGCACAGGACCUGGCCAUGCUGGAACAGGCAGCAGUGGCCCAAGAGCUGUUGGCUCAGCAGGCUGUUGAGGCAUCCCACACGCUGGCAGCUGGAUUGCGCCUGGAGCUGCAGAGGACUCAUGUCUUUGAGCAGCUGCGGGACCGGGCUGGCUCUGCCCGUGACACGGCCACCUCGGCUGUCUCCCAUGGAAAAGCUGUGCACUCUGAUGCUGAGUCCCUCCUGGCCAGCCUGGAAGGCACGAGGAAGAUGCUGCGGCAUCGGAAGGGCCCGGCUGCCCUGAGGAGGAGGAUGGCCACUGUGCGGAACAGGGUUUUGGUGGAUGCCCAGAAGAAGAUUAAACAGGCAGAGAAGACACUGGGAAACUCCUUGUCCGUCUCCACCAUGGCCCAGAGGACAGCUGGAGAGGCUAAGCGAGUCUCUGAGGAGAAUGCCAAGAGGGCACGGGCUGUGCUGCAGGAGAGCAAACAGGCCCACAGGCACGCCAGACAGCUCGCCAGGCGCGCCAAUGAGACCCAGCGGGAGCUAUCCCGACAGGAGCACGUGGCUGAGAAGCUCAGGGGGGAGCUGGAGGAAGCACACCGGGUGGGGACAGAUGUGAGUGAGAUGGCAAAAAGUCUCCAGGAAGCCCGGGGCUCACUCAUGGCAGAUAUUGAGACCCUGAACAACCUGCUGAGCAGCCUUGGCAACCUGGAGCAGGACAUGGAGGCGGAGGCUGUGCUGAGCGCCGGGCAAGUGCAGCUGGAGCGGCUGUGGCAGCGCCUGGCCACGCCGGGCUCCCUGGCUGGCCAGCUCAACUGGCUGCAGCAGGAGGCAGCCCGGCAGCAGGAGAAGAUCCAAGCAUUCGAGAGUGACUUGGCUGAGAUCCGGGCCGACAAGCAGAACCUGGAGGAUAUUUUGCGGAGCCUCCCCGAGGGCUGCUCGAAGUGACCAGCUGCUGGCUGCUGCCCCAUCCCCUCUGUGCCCCCCUGCACAGGGAAAGGCAUGGGGAAGGACACCCUGUGAUAACCAGCAUCAAUCCCUCCUACUGCUACUCACACUGCCCUCCACAGAGUAUCACACCCCAGGUCUUUAUCUGUACUGGUUCAGGCUCCGCAUUCCGAGUGCUGUGCAGCAAGGCUCCAGCCACCAGCUCAGUCCUUGGGAUGGGGGACAACCAGCUACCAGGGACCACCAACGUUUCUGUGCAGGAUAUGGGGCCAUCACAGGGCUGGUUUCUCAUCUUGGAGUGAACAAAGAACUGUCACAGAUUUCCUCCAUCCCUCCUUCCCCACCGCAGCAUGGCACACUGGGCAGGGAGAGCUUACCAAGUAUGUGGCAUACCCAAGCUGUAACACCCAGCAGUCCCUCCUGCCCCAGGAGAUGAGAGAGGCUCUCACCUGCUGCACAGUGCCUUGCAGUAUCGUGCCCAUGUGCUGUGGUCACAGAGGUGCAGAGAGGAAUCCCAGCGAAGCGAGGCAGAGAGCUGCUCACCGGCGGGCAUACAGCUUGUCUGUUUUCCAAGGGAAGGGAGGUUGCAGCAGGAAGGGCUAAAUUAACAAGCAGAAGCAAAGCUGGGCCCUUACACAGCUCCUGGCAGGAAGGUGGGGCAUCCUCUGCCUGCUGCAGGGUGAGAGCAGGGAGAGAACAGCUCUUGCUGUUCCCCUACUCCAGGGUAGCACAACGCUGCUGUUGCUUGCUU